GUUAAGCCGCGUGUUUUGGUUUUCCAUGUGGAAUUUCUAUCGCAGAAAAAGUGCCUGAAAAAUGGGUAAAAACACCCAAUUAGUGAUCAAUUUACCACAGUUGCAGAAUUUGAUAAAGAAGGAUCCCGCCUCGUACAAAGAUGACUUUGUACAGCAGUAUUCUCACUUCGAAAACACACUUGAAAUUUUCAAGUACACUCCGGAUCAGCCCAGCAAGAGUCUGGAGGAUUCUGUGACUUUCGUGGCCCAGGUGGCUCAGCUGUACCUGGACGUGUGCAAGGACUUUCCUCAGCAGCUGAUUGACGUCUUGAAGACUUUUUCAAUCAAUCUCGAUCCUACAGUGAGAAAUGCCUUAUGCAAGGCUCUCAUUCUCCUCAGGAAUAAGAAUUUGAUUCCUGCACUGCAACUUCUUGAGCUCUUCUUCCAGCUCUUGAGGUGUCCUGAUAAGAACUUCAGGGAAUUCGUGCGGACUCACAUAAUAACGGAUAUCAAGAAUAUCAACGCGAAGAACAAAGAUAUGAAGCUGAAUUCCACACUGCAGAGCUUCAUGUACACCAUGCUGGAUGACUCGAAUCCAAAGUGUGCUAAAAUGUCCGCAGACAUCAUGAUUGAGCUGUACAAGAAGAACAUCUGGAAUGACGCAAAGACAGUGAAUGUUAUUGCGUCUGUGGGAUGUUUCUCUAAGGUCACCAAGGUACUUGUGGCUUCUCUGAGAUUCUUCCUCGGCACUGAUGACAAGGAUGAAGAGAGUGGAUCGGACAGUGAAGCUGAACCUGAUCUCAGAAAUGCUCUGAUGGUCAACAAAGUGAACAAGAAGACGAAAAAGAGGAAGAAGCAACUCGAGGCGGCCAAGAAGCAAUAUGCCAAGGCGAAGAAGAAGAAAACUUCAGCUCCUUCCUUCAAUUUCUCAGCUCUGCAUCUCAUCCACAAUCCUCAGGGUAUGGCGGAGAAUCUCUUCAAGCAACUUCAGUCAUCAAAUGAGCGAUUUGAGCUAAAGCUUCUGCAUUUGGAUGUGAUUUCACGCCUUGUCGGUGUUCAUGAGCUCUUUCUGUUCAGCUUUUAUCCCUAUAUAACACGCUUCCUCAAUCCUCAUCAACGCCAGGUGACCAGAAUUAUGCAAUUUGCCGCCCAGUCGGCACACGAACUCGUGCCGGGAGAUGUUUUCGAGCCAGUGCUCAAGACAAUCGUUAACAAUUUCGUCUCGGAGCGCAACUCUAGUGACGUCAUGGCGAUCGGAUUGAAUGCCAUCCGGGAGAUUUGUGCCAGAUGUCCACUGGCCAUGAAUGAGGACAUGCUCAGCGAUUUGGUCAUGUACAAGACGUACAAACAGAAGUCUGUUAUGAUGGCCGCGAGGUCGCUCAUUAUGCUGUACAGAGAGCAGAUUCCGCAGUUGCUGCACAAGAGGGACAGAGGAAGGCCCACAGAGGCGAGUGCGGAUCUGAAGGCGAAGGAGUACGGAGAAGUGGUGGCGAUGGACACAAUUCCAGGCGCCGAUGUGCUAGUGAAGGAGAAGAAGAGGCCCGAAGAUGAGGUGGAAGAGGAUGAAGAUAGUGAUUCUGACGCUGAGAGCGAGUGGGAGGAUGAGGAGGAUUCCGAUGAAGAGGGAUGGGUGAAUGUCAGCCAGGAUGAUGAACCUGGAGAGGAGGAGGAAGAAAAGGAGAGUGAAGAUCCUGUUGAUGCUAAGGAAGCCGCUAAGGAGAUUCUCUUGAGCAAGAUCCUGACCGAUGAGGACUUCAAGGCCAUUGAUGUGCACAACGUGAAGAGACAUCUGACGGGAGCGCGCAAGAAGAACGAGCCAGCAGUUCAGGAGAAGACGGAACUUGUGAAUCUUGAUGCAAUCGAGAUGAUCUACAAGAAGCGGAGGAACGACAAGGAGGCCAGGCUGGCCACUGUUGAGGCAGGAAGAGUGGAUCGUGUCAAGUAUGGGUACAGGGACAACAGGAAAAACAUCCACUGCUCCAGGACGAACAGGGAGAAGAAGAAGAACAAGAACUUCCUGAUGAUGCGACACAAGGCGCGCUCCAAAGUGAAGAAGAGCUUCAGGGACAAGCAGCUCGCGUUGCGAAAUCACCUGCUGAAGCAGAAGAAGAUGAAGUGAUGUGGUCAGGAAAGACCAGGGGAUGUGAGCGUGUGUGUGUUCUCUGUAUUCCUCAGUGGAAAGAAGGUUAUCGCGUGUUUACGCUGUUAUCUAAUCAGAGGCAAGAUUUUUUUGUCUUCCACAUUUUUCUCGAUUGCAAAUAUAUUACAAAACACAGAGAGAAAAGCUGAAGAGUGAGAUUUACAGAGACAUUCACUAUUAUUGACAGAAGCUGCCUUCAGAUUGAGGGAAAUUGAUGCGAAAAACAUUUCUGAAUGCUAAUAAAAA